GCUUUCUCACCCCAACAGCUCUUGUAUAAAAGCGCCAGUUUUCAACUUCAAUCGACACACAACUUCUUCAACUGUUUUACCAACAACAACUCCAACUCACAUCUUCCUAGCAUACAAUGGCUUCUAAGCUGAUUUUAGUUACCUUGUGCCUGGCUGCAGUCAUCGCCACCGUUUCGGCUCGUCCCCGAUUCUUGGCCGUUCCACUUGAGGACAUUCAGUUCAUCAAUGGACUUCCUCAAAUUAUCCCUCACGCCCAACACCGUAUUGUCCGCCGUAGCCCCCAACAACCAUUGCCUCAUCAAGAUCACGAAACUGCAGCAUCCGGCAGCUAUCCCAGCGGAGGUAGCGACAGCGUCGAUUAUGGAGCAUACACUGGCUCAUAUGGUGCUUUCGGCUGGUAUUCUGACCACCCCGUUGGAAACCAUUAUUAAAAACUGAUCGCUACGAUCUCCACGAAAAAUCCUAAAAUGUUCUGUUGAACAUUACACCGAUAAAUGACCGUGUCCCAUCAUCCAGCAACCAAUUACUUGGUUGCUUUGUUGUUUUAAAUCUAUUUUGAUAUUUUCAAACGUUUUGAACUUUUGACACUGCUGAGCAGUCGAUUGUUUCACUACCAUCUUUCCCUCCAAUUUUCUGUGUGCAUUAUUCAUUUUGAACUGCAACAAACCAUCCUAUUGCGGAAAAAAUACAUCACCCACAAACAUCA